GCUUCUUUCCAAAAUAAAAUGUCUAAUGGUUAUGAAGAUCACAUGGCUGAAGAUUGCAGGGACGAUAUCGGGAGGACAAACUUAAUUGUUAACUACCUCCCUCAGAACAUGACCCAGGAUGAGUUACGGAGCCUGUUCAGCAGCAUCGGAGAAGUUGAAUCUGCAAAGCUGAUACGUGACAAAGUUGCAGGACACAGCUUGGGCUACGGUUUUGUGAACUAUGUGACAGCAAAGGAUGCUGAGAGAGCGAUAAACACACUGAACGGCUUGAGGCUGCAGUCCAAGACCAUCAAGGUGUCGUAUGCCCGCCCGAGCUCUGAGGUUAUCAAAGACGCAAACCUGUACAUCAGCGGGCUGCCGAGGACGAUGACGCAGAAAGACGUAGAAGACAUGUUCUCACGGUUUGGCCGCAUUAUCAACUCUCGCGUGCUGGUUGACCAGACCACAGGUCUUUCCAGAGGGGUUGCCUUCAUCCGGUUUGACAAGCGGUCCGAGGCUGAAGAGGCCAUCACAAACUUCAACGGCCACAAGCCUCCCGGUUCCUCCGAGCCGAUCACCGUGAAGUUUGCCGCCAACCCCAACCAGAACAAAAACGUGGCGCUGCUCUCGCAGCUGUACCACUCACCGGCAAGACGAUUUGGGGGGCCUGUCCACCACCAGGCCCAGAGAUUCAGGUUCUCUCCUAUGGGUGUAGAUCACAUGAGUGGGCUUUCUGGUGUAAAUGUCCCAGGAAACUCCUCUUCGGGCUGGUGUAUCUUCAUCUACAACCUCGGCCAAGAUGCCGAUGAGGGAAUCCUCUGGCAGAUGUUUGGCCCCUUUGGCGCGGUGACUAACGUCAAAGUCAUCCGCGACUUCAACACCAACAAGUGUAAAGGCUUUGGCUUUGUGACAAUGACAAACUAUGAAGAAGCCGCCAUGGCCAUAGCGAGUCUUAACGGCUACCGCUUGGGGGACAAAAUCUUGCAGGUUUCCUUCAAAACCAACAAGUCCCACAAAUAACUUCGCUCGUGGCUUUUUUUUUUUUUUGUAUGGAAUAGAUUAAUUGAGUGACGGAAAAGUUUGAAACUUUUUUUGUUUUGUUUAGCAUAUGACUCAUUU